CAACGCUUCCCCACAAUCCAGCGGCGAUCCCCCCAAACCCCUACUCCGGGCAUCCGCCGGCCGCGGCGCCGCGCUACCAGAGCCGCAAGAAUGCCGAGGCCUCCUCCCCCUGGUCGCGGGGCACCAGGGGCCAGGCGGCCGAUGCGGGAGUUCUUCGCCGCCUGGCUCUGCACCCUCCGCUCGCCGCUCCUCCCGCUGCUCCGCCGCGCGCUCUCCUCCUCCUCCGCCGCCGGAGCAUGGGACGACCCGCUGUCCUCCGCCGCCGCCGCCGUCGAGGCCCACUUCCAGGCGCACUGGUCCGCCCUCGACGCCGUCGCCCGCCAGGACCCCGCACAGGCCGUCUCCGCCGGAGACUGGCGCUCGCCCCUCGAGCUCCCCUUCCUGUGGCUCGGCGACCUCCACCCGUCCCUCGUGACCUCCCUCCUCCGGUCGCUUUCGCCCUCCCCGCGGCUCCUCGCCGCGACCGACCGCGUCGACCGCCGGAUCCGCACAGCCGUCCCCGCAAUCUCCGACCGCCUGCGCCGCGCCCAGGAGGCCUUCAUCUCCGCCGAGGUGUCCGGCGCGGCUGACGUGGAGGCGUUCUUGGAGGAACUCAAGGGCGUAGCCCUCGAUGCCAACAGGCUCCGGCGAGGUGUUCUUUCGGAGCUCGUCGCCGCCGCUGGAGGGUACCAGGCGGCGCUCUUCCUCGAGGCGCUUUCGCGCUUCGUGCUCUCCAUGCACGACCCCGAGGUGCUCCGCCGCUUCGAUCAGUGCCGCCCCGCGCCCGGUAGUUAGUCUCUUCUUGCCUAGCUGGCAUCUUUGGGAAGCACGAGAUGAUCUAGCACCUAGCAAAUGUCGAGGCAGCGAGGAGACCAAUCUCAACAAGACGAAAUGUAUGGUAUUCUUUUCCCAAUUAGUUGCUAGCUGGGCGUUUGGUGGUCGCAGGCGACUCGAAAACGUUGAUGCAUCCAGGGGGCAACUGUACCCUCGUGGAUUCGACUUGGCCAACAAUUUUCCCCAAGGCAUCGGCUCGCCAGCACUGACGUUUCAGUAUUAACCCCUCUUUCAAAAUUGACGCAA